UCCCUCUUCCCCCCCCCCACUCCAGCUGUUCUUUGGGAACAGUGACAAGGACACCCCGGUGAUGAACCAGCUGGCGGUUCCGGUCCUGGCCCGGUACGUCCGGGUCCUCCCUCAGAGCUGGAACGGCUCCCUGUGCAUGAGGCUGGAGGUGCUCGGCUGCCCGGUGCCCGAUCCCGUGAACGUUCAGUACCAGCGCAAUGAAGCGACGCCGGUGGAUUACUUGGAGUUCAGACAUCACAGCUACUCAGAGAUGGUCGAGCUGAUAAAGUCAGUGAAUGCGGAGUGUCCCAACAUCACCAGCGUCUACAGCCUGGGCCGCAGCUCCAAGGGACUGGACAUCAUGGCCAUGAUCAUCUCUGGAAACCCCACAGAGCACGAAAUCGGCGAGCCGGAGCUGCGCUUCACGGCCGGUCUCCAUGGCAACGAGGCGGUGGGCCGCGAGCUGCUGCUGCUCCUCAUGCAGUUCCUGUGUAAGGAGUUCAGGGACCGGAACCCCAGGGUCCAGCGGCUGGUGGAGGGGGUCCGCAUCCACCUGGUCCCCUCGCUCAACCCCGACGGACACGUGGAAGCCUUCAGAGCGGUGGGGGUCACAUGGGGGUGGCAUGGGG